AUGAAGUCAACACUGGUUACAUCAACAGACUUAUCUUAUAUUUCCCCUUUAAAUACAACUGGAUACCUAACUGAAGUUGCUUCAGAUGGUACUACUCAACAAAAAAAUGUUAUGCUAGUUCUCAAAGGGACAAAUUUGAUGUAUGUAGUGGAUUUAGACCUUUCCUGCAAUGGCUUACCCGAGGAGCUUACAAAUCUAUCAGCACUUAUUGGUUUAAACUUUUCACACAAUCAUUUGACAGGAAACAUACCGAUAAACAUAGGUGAGAUGAGAGCAUUGGAAUCACUUGACCUUUCUAACAAAAAUCUCUCGGGAAGGAUCCCAUCUAGCCUAGGUGCCAUAACUUCAUUGAGGACUUUAAACUUGUCUUGCAACAAGCUCCAUGGUGAACUUCCUACGGGAUCUCAACUACAAACACUCAAUGAUCCCUCGAUAUAUGGUAACAAUGCAGGAUUAUGUGGCGAUCCAUUGCCUUUAUGUGAAACAAAACAUGGCAAACAAAAACAAGAGGAGGAAGAUGAUCAAGAUGAAGAUGAUGGAGAAGAUAAUCGCAAAAAGGUGUGGGUCAGUCUUGAUGUAAUGCUCGGUUUAGAGACUGGAUUUUGGGGAGUUGUUGGGACUUUAUUGAUCAACAAGAAACGGAAACAUGCCUUCUUCGAACGUGUGGAUGAUUUUGGGGAUUAA